GAUAGUCGAGGGUCUGCGACUGAGAGCGCCUGCGCACGAAAAAGACUUCUCCCCCCGCCACCGCUACCACCGCCCACUCCCCACUUUACUCGGACUUUCGUACAGGAGCUUUGCUAGGCGUUGUUCCAGGCAUAAUGCUGGUGGGGUAAGCGGUCUACAGAGGCAGCUGUUGUUAAUGAAAUUCUUUCCAGGGCGCCCACCGAGGAGCAAAGAGAGGAAUGGAUUCUGGUGGAUCCUAUACCAGAGAGACCUCCAUCUACCCAAAGUCAUACUAACCAAUGACAGUGAAGGGCAGGAGUGUCAGGAGGGGCUAAAGAUGGCUGAAUUUCUAGAUGACCAGGAUACACGACUGUGUGACAACUGCAAAAAAGAAAUUCCUGUGUGUAACUUUACCAUCCAUGAGAUCCACUGUCAAAGGAACAUUGGUAUAUGUCCUGUCUGCAAGGAACCAUUUCCCAAAUCCGACAUGGAGAUUCACAUGGCUACAGAACACUGUCAGGUGACUUGCAAAUGUAACAAGAAGUUUGAAAAGAUGCAGUUAAAGAAGCAUGAGGAGACUGAGUGCCCUCUACGGCUUGCUCUCUGCCAGCACUGUGAUUUGGAGCUUUCUGUUCUCAAACUGAAGGAACAUGAAGAUUACUGUGGUGCCCGCACAGAGCUGUGCAGUGCCUGUGGGCGCAAUAUCCUUGUGAAAGAUCUAAAGACUCACCCUGAAGUUUGUGGGAGAGGGGAGGAGGAAAAGAGAAAUGAGGGUGCCAUACCUCCUAAUGCAUAUGAUGAGUCUUGGGGUCAAGAUGGAAUCUGGAUUGCAUCCCAACUCCUCAGACAAAUUGAGGCUCUGGACCCACCUACAAGGCUGCCCCGAAGGCCCCUGAGUGACUUUGGAUCAGACUUUUUCCAUAAUAGGACUACCAACCAAAGGAACGUAACAGCCCAUUUUCCAGUUCAGAAUAAUCCAUUUGAAGAACAACAAAGGCAGGAAAGGAGUAGAGGCCUAAAGCCACCCCCAAAGGGUGGUGAAGAUACUGCAAACUUGGACUUCAUGUUGGCCCUAAGUCUGCAGAAUGAGGGCCAGGCCUCCAGUGUGGCCGAGCAGCAGGACUUCUGGAAGGCUGUGUGUGAGGCAGAGCAGUCUCGUGGUGGGCCCAGUUCUCUGAGUGACACAAAGGGUACAGCUGACGAGACCAUGUUGCCUUGUGAGUUUUGUGAGGAACUCUACCCAGAGGAACUGCUGAUUGACCAUCAGACAAGCUGUAACCCUUCACGUGCCUUACCUUUGCUCAGUACUGGCAGCUCUCCCCCGAGGCGGGUGGAGGAUCCUAAUAUCAUCUUCCAGAGCUUUCUGCAGCGGGCUACAAAUAAUCAGUUGGAUUCUUUGAUGGGCCUAAGCAACUCACCCCUGAUGCAAGACAGUGUCAUCAUCCCAUGUGAAUUUUGUGGGGUGCAGCUGGAAGAAGAGGUGCUAUUCCAUCAUCAGGACCAGUGUGACCAACGUCCAGCUACAGCCAACCACCAUGUGCUGGGGGGAAUUCUUCGACAGGAUUCCCAGCCUCAUGAGACCUCCCCAGAGCUGCGCAGGAGGCGUGUCAGACACCAGGGAGACCUGUCUUCUGGAUACAUGGAUGUUAUCAAGCAGGAAGCAGGAAAAGGACCCACCUACCCUCUAUCCCCCAGCAGACCCAUUAAUAAUAUGACAGCCAGCUGUAACCGACUGUCAAAAGCCACCUCAGCCCCCAGACCUGGGUGCCAGCCCAGCCCUCCUCGUGUGUUGAAGCUCAGCAGUUCAGACAGCCAGGACAUCCAGGGGCAGAAUCUAAGUAGCCAGAGUGGGGCCCAGGCUGCUGGGUCUGCUCCAGUGAUACACUCUGUGCGCAGUCUGUAUCCGGAAGACCUCACGCCCACUUUCUCCCAGGAGCCUGCAGGGAGAUACAGAGCUAGGAGUGAAGGUGGCAGGAGCUCCCGAGCCACCCCUGCAGCCACUAACUACCGCAGCAGAACUGCAAAGGCCAAGCCCCCAAAGCAGCAGGGAGCUGGAGAUGCGGAGGAGGAAGAGGAGGAGGAGUAAUGGUGUCUGCGGAGAACCCUCAGCUGGGUCCCUACCUUCUAUGCAUAGCAGCUCUUGCCAUGGGUCAGGCCCCACCUCCCUGGCACUUUAGGCAGGGAGAUUUUCCACAUUUUUAACUUUUUCUAGGUUAUGGCCAUUCUGUGUCUUUUGAGAUUGUGUUGUGAGAGUUUGGGGUUGGAGGGAGGGUUAGGGAGACCGUUGGGGGCCAUGUUUCAGCCUUAGCUGCCAGGUUGGGCAGCGGUGAUCACACAAGUUCUGGCCUCUCCGCCCACCAGGGCUCUACCUUCUGAAAUACCAUCACCACUGCUUCUUGGUGCUUUGUGAUUCUGGUGGAAGGAGAGGAGGGUUCCGGGAUUCUGACUUCCCUGUGGGGCCACUCAGUGGGGCGUCUGGGUUUCCCUGCCUGCUUCAGACUCUGGGCCUCCAGUGGGUGGAGCAGCUCUGUGAACGCGCUUGGCCGGUGGUGCUGUAGGGAGACGGUCUUUGGAGAUGAGUUGACCCGGGACUGGGGUGUGUUUGAAGCUGCUUCCUUGUUAUUUGGUGUCACUCUGCUCUUGGUAUUGUGGCCCCUUUGUCCUCACUGUCUACUGUGGAGAGGGUAAGGGCUGCCUGUCCCGCGCUUCCUCUGAAAGCCAAAUGUGCAGAGCCUCUUUCCCUUCUUUUUAUUUUACUAUUGUAAUUAUUUCAAUCUCCUUGUAAUAGAAAUAAAAUUUGUACUUGGAGUUCAGCUAAGUCUUGUGCUUCCUUCUCUGAGCUCUCUGUGGAGACCCCAGGGAAGCCAGCAGAGGCAGGAGUGGCCUGGGUUGGGAGGUAAACAGGGCCUCCUGCAGGGUGCCUGUGCCCUCGCAGCUCCAGCCUGCAGUGCACAGGACAUUUAAGGCAUGGCACCCUUACUCGGCUGGACUUCUGAGGAAACAGGUUGUGCAGCUCCAGUGAGAGAUCAGAGUCUCCAAACACCUUAAUCCUGAGAGUGGUCGGGCACAGCAGGCCAUCUCCUUCCCCAGUUGCUUCAUGCUUUCCACAGCGCCAUCUGGGACCCACUGUCAUUCGCAGCUCACUUGUCCAAUGCCCUGGUGGGGAUGGCAAGGCUUCCUCUUCUUGCAGGGCCGGAACUCUGCAAGGAAUUAGCCUGAGACGCUAGACCAGAAAAGGGUUGUACUGUGGGGUCCCAGAUUCCUCAUGUGUCGGGGCACUUAGCUCCGGGGAGCCUUCCUGACUCAGCUGGAAGCAGCCAGAGGACCGAGGACGCGUGCGUGCGGGGCUCUGGUGGUCUGGAAAGCCCGUGGGACUUGGAGGUGGCGGGAGGGACCAGGGCAGUGGUGACAGUCUUCCCCCGUCUGCCGGAGAGCAGUCCUAUUACCUGGCACUGCUCUGGGAUAUAGUGAGACCUUCCGGGCAGUAUUGAAACUCCUGUCUUCCUGUGUUGGAUUAGAUGUGAAUAACACGGGGCUGAUUUAUGUUUUUUAUUAAAAUAUGAUUUAUAAUGUUUUGCAAUGGAUAUACUUUUAAAAUUAAUACUUUUUAAAGUAUUAUAUAUAACUAAACCAAA